CAGUCUCUCAAGCCUCAGUGUCGUGUACCAGUGUGAGGAGAUACUAUACCCCACCCCAUGCGUCUCUACACCCCAGCCAAGUCAUCUUCAGGCGGGGAAGAGGAUGGUGAGCGAGCAGGCCAGGACAGCAGCACUCUAGUACACCGCGAGGACGCAGCUUACAACUUCGACUCUCGAUCCGCGGAACUCACGCUCCGAACUAUCGAGAAUGAUUCCCGAUUUGACGAGAAACUACAGUUAAACGCACAACGACAUGACGACAAAACCCAACUGCACUUAACACGAAUCGACGACACGCUACACUUCAAAGGCCCGCUGCCAGAUGAGAACCAUGUCGGCUCCCACACCACCAGUCAAAGUCCUCCGCACAAUCCUUUCUUCGGGACGGAAAUAAACGGCUCAUCAAUUACACACAAUGGCCCAAGAUCUCUUGACUUCAGCCCGACACUACUGGAGAAUGGCGCCGACACCAUCAGAUCCCUGGAGAGUGUACCGUGGAACAUUGAAGGCACGGAGACCAUCAAGGAGAACGGCUGUAAAUCUCCACUCAGGAAAUGGUCAGAGGAAACACACGGUUUGACGGGGGAGAACGGCCAGGAGACACACGGGCUGACGGAGGAGGCGGAGCUGAAGCACGCCAAGGAGGAGAACAAGAAACUGAAGGCUGCACUUAAGGAGGCAGCUGAGGUGAACGGACAGUGGCGCCACUACCACGAGCACCGCCAGAAAUACGUCCAGCGGCUACUGUCCACCAUCCAGGAGUUACACCACCCCCGCUCCGCCACCCAGGCCUCGAGGCAGGUUGAGGGCGAGGCUGGUGCACCCGAGGCUGAGGUGCGACGCCUGAGGGAGGCGCUGACGAAACUACAAGCUGACCACGAUGAGCACGUCACACUGUUGGAGAUGCAGGUCCGCGCGCAUAGAGACGACUGGGAGGCAGAGCGCAGCGAGAAGCAGGCCACACAGACUGCACUGGGAGAGGCGCAGGCUAGGACAGCCUUACUCCUACAAGAGCUACAGUUGCUACAGGCCAAGCUAGCGGACAGCGAGAGUAAGAGAGGGUUGUGUUGGAGGUGUGGGGGGCUGUCCAGUGGUGGGAGUGGGGGGCGGCCUAACAACCCAGCUCCCCCACCUACCACCACCUCCACCACCACCCCCAGCACCACCCCAACUCCCGUUCCUCACCACAGUGCUCCGUCCUCCGCCCUGACCCCCUCGCCACCGUCAGGCUCCAGUGCUGCUACUGCUGCCCCUACACACGAUGUUCCCCAGGCACCGCUCAAGGGGUGGAUCCCAGUCUCCAUGCUGCACCACAUCGCCUUCAGUGGCGCUACACCCCAGCACCAGACGCCCGUGGUGCAGCGCACACAGCAGUCAUCCCGCCACCAUCAGCCACACCAACACCAUCAACAGCAGCAAGUGGCCACUAGUGCGCCAUCCUCGAGGUCGACCACCCUCAGCAACAGGAGAGGAGAGGUGGAGCAGCCUCCAACGGCAGAGUGUGCCGUCGUCCGUGGGUCUGGCAGUACCGCCGAGGUGAAGGCUCUCAGCCCCAGGAGAACUUGUGGCCCAGAAACAAAAAACUUAGGGACUACAGACGAUAAGAAAAAAUACGAAGCCAUGGGGGCACGACCUAAGGUCCUGGGUAACCUGCAGGCAGUGACAGGUAAAGGAGUCGGAUUGUUGGAAGAUGAGAAGACCGCCAAGCACCGUGCCCGCUCCAUCCUGGCGAGUGCCAUCCCUGUGUCUCCCGUCUCGAGUGGUCCCUCGACGCCGUGUGGCACUAACAUCAUCAAGAGCCCAUCCAUACCCAACAUGCCCAAAGGCUACAUGCCCAUCACCUCCACCGUCCUCACUCCCAUCAACUUCCGCUCACCCUUUGUAACUCACAAGCGGCCUUCAACCAUCAAGCAGGUGGCCCAGGCAGCUCAAGUUUCUCUCCAAGUUUCCUCCAACUCGAGCAGCUCCUCCACUUGUGGCCAUGGACGCAGCGGAUCGUCACCUACCUCCAUCGGCGAAGCUCACACCACCACCACCACCACAGACAGCGGUGGCGGCCACACCACACCUACCAGCAACACUACCUUACCCUCUGACGACACUAACACCACCACCACAUCCUCUGCCACAGUAAGUAAACAAACCAAUAACAAAGUAAUAACAACUCAGCUAAAUGGUAGAAUCAAGUCUCCAGUCGCAGUAAACCAAGACAACAAACUCAUAAAAGAUCACAGCAGGAAAAAUGAUAGAGAGAGCAACACGGCAGCAGCUGGAAAUAGAAGAAGCGGCUCUGCUUCCUCCCAAGUCAAUAAAAGAUGUCAGUCAUCAGACGAAACAAAAUUAGUGACCAGUGUUCCUUGCUCCAGCCUUACAACGGUUACCACCACAACUGCUUGUAGCAACACCGUCACAGUAUCUUGCUCAAGUGUGACAACAGUCACCACUACGGUAUCUUGCUCAUGCCCGUCCUCCGUCACCACCUCCACCUCCACCUUCAGUGGCUCAGCUGUCAACACUGAAACUGCAUCCACUACUAUGGCUGGUCAGCCCUCAAACAACAGUGUAACUUGCCAACCUUCUAAUAACACAACCUUUCAGUCAUCCUCUAAGUCCAACAGAGGACCUAAAACAACGUCUAGUAAUAGUACGGUGACUCAGACAACACCCAGCGCCACAAAGGUGUCACAGCCUUCCAGCAGCAACACUGUGGACUCUCAUGCUCCAGACAACAACAUUAAUAAUUCUGUAGUUUCACAAAAUGUAUCCAGCGAUGGGCUACCUUCUGAGACUCCCUCCAACAACACCUCCUCCUCCUCCCCCUCCCAGUCCUCCAACACGUUCAACAACACAACAGCUUUCGCCUCCAUUACGGUGACCACCACAGCUGCGGGAACCAACGUCCCUUCUGCACCUUCUACUUACUCUUCGGCCACGUCUUCUCGGUCUUCGUCUCCUGGUAUGUCUCUCACCACCUUCGGUCUAAACUCAGAAGGACGAGGUAUUCCAGGGGCUAUAUUCUUUGCUCUUGGGUCUGACCAGAGGGGAGGCCGCAGUCCCCAGCCGUGUACCUCUCCACGCAGAGCAUCCAACGCUUCAGUGGGCGUGAAGAGCCCGACACCCGACACUGUGGCUGCUGAUUCUGGUCCCACGCAGAAGGAUACUCUGCCACCCUCGGGGGUCAAGAGCCCUCCAAUAAUACUGAACAGCUCCCUGGCGCCAGCCACAGUCAAGGAGGAACACUGGUGGUCGGUGGAGAGUCCAGGCCGAGGCAGCACGCCAGGUCGCCAGCAUUGUCAGGGCAAAGUGGUCAACUCCACAUGGGUGAGGCUGAUGGGAGGUCAAGCAAACAGCCGCCAGGGCUCAGGUCUGCCUUGGCGAACUGCUCGAGCUGUGUCUGGCCAGCAGCUGAACCAAGCUCGGCGGGCUUCACAAGACGACUAUGGCAAUGGACCACUGUCGCCCAGCAGCGUGUCGUCAUCGACGGCCACCUUCAACUAUACUCCCGCCGUCAACUCUCCCCCGUCUUCCACACUGUCGUCCGCCACUAACUCCGCCGCCUCAUCACCGCCACCCUCUCUCAACCAGAGGUCCAGUGAUGACCUAAAAUCCAUGGCCUCCAAAAAUAUCGCCUCGGCCAUCAUAAGUUAUGAGCUGGGAGCCAAGUGUGAGACCGUUGCGUGCCCUCCGGGACAAGGCGGGUCCCAGGGCACCGACGGUGUGGCCACACUUACUCGCCGGGACCUAGUGUGUCCCUCCUGCCAGAUGCUGUUCCCUCCCGACAAACACGUCCAUUUUCUCGAUCACUUCGAGGCCUGUCGGGGCCCCGAGUACGCCGACCUCUGAAGAACACGAGACUACCAACAACAGUUACUAAACAAAAUGCAUACAAACUAGCUGAUGGGUGGCGGUCUGCUCACUAAACUAGUAAUAUGUUGGCGCCGCUGACACCCACUUGUCUUCCAGGUUUCUCUGGAAACAUUUACUAGAGUUUCUGGGAUGGAGAGACGGGUGGAUGUACACUUGAAGGGUUGAAGAAGUCUUAAUGAAGUGCUAGAGUUCACAAGCGUGUAGCGUUGCCCACUUGCGAGAGUCCCUCGCCGGGCUGUGCUGCAGAUGGACAACAACACUACCACACUGCCUCACGACAUUACGAAGGAAUUGUCUUUAUCCCGGUGUUUAGCUUCAACCUGUGGGAGGCAGGACACUCACUUCACACAUCUCCUAACUUCCGCCGCCUCUCCCGAUGCCCUCUUCUCCCUCACACCUUCACGCUCUUACUUUGUUACUUAUACUCAUCAACCACAACUUUUCCUCGCCAUCCCCUUACAACUACGGAAGAAGACUUGUACACCGAAUAAUACACUUUGACAACCCAUCCAAGAAACACCUGUGGCCUAUAACACACACACACACACUAUACCUUUAAUUUCUCAUCUUGUCUCAAUUCAACUUCUACAUCAUUGUUUUCCUGUUACGAAUGUUUCUAAUUCUCUCUUUCCUUCAUUUUCUCUCAAUCACUUUCUAUCUAUCUAUCUAUGUAUCAUUCUAUACCACUUCUCUCCCCUUUCUCUCGUGUUUAGUAGUUAAUAAAAAAAAACAUUCCUUAUAUAUUUAUGUCGUGUGAGAUAUUUCCUCCUUCAAUAUCUACUUAUAUCCUCGAGUCAGUUCGCGGAUGUUAAGGUACUGUGCGCGGUGUUGUGUUCGCAGCUUACCUUCACCUCGCGCAACGUGGUAACUCUUGAAGGAGUGGACGAUUUACUUGAAACUUAACAGGGACAAUGAUCCCCCAACACUGAUAAUAAUAAUAAGUAUUAUUUGACCAUUUUGUAAACACAAGAAUAAACCUAGGCGCACAUUGAGACGCAGGCGACACAGAAGGCGCAGCACAGGGCAGUGCAGAAAACUGAAUCUAGUUAUCAUAAAUCAGAGUCCGCACAUUGGGACGCAGGGCAGCACAGAUCAGCCACAGGCCUGUGUCGGGCUGCGCGGCUCAGUGUUUGAAACUGAUUUCUGCUCCACGCCUGCACGUGUCCGUCAGUACAAUGGCGUCCUCCGAAGAACUCAUAGAGGCUGUACAAAGUGGAAGAGUCUUGGAUGACACUAGGCAUCGUAAUUACAUGAAGGACAAACUGAAGGAAGAGAUAUGGGAACGUACAGCUGAAGCUCUCCAAUAUAAAGACGGAAAUAGUUGCUAAAUCUUGCAUCAGAGAAUUCUGUUGUUCAGGCAAAUUCUCCCUGUGUACUUCUUAUCUCCAUGUACUGUACUUACUUUUCCAUACUGACUUCUUUCCCUUGCUGCUGUCAUAUAGUAGCAUUAAAUGUUCCAUUUCGGUAUCCAAGUCAGAUUCUGAAUUAAUAUCUAAAUAUUAUUGCAAGCUAGCCAUGAGCAGCACAGCGGAGAGGGUACCACACGCCACGACAGACUGCUUCUCAAUGUGUGCACCACACUUAUGCUGCCCUGUGCUGCCCUGCCCUGCCUGCCCUGCCCUGUCUGUCCUGCCCUGUGUCUGCCCUGCCCUGCCGUGUCUGCCCAGCUCUGCACUGUCCUGUCUCUCAAUGUGCGCUUAGGUUAAGGCUGUUCUGGAAUGUAUUACGUUAUCGACUUUACACGAGGGCAAAUAUGUAGACUAUUAUUAUUAUUAUUAUCUUUUUUUUAUUAUUAUUAAUAUUAUUAUUAUUAUCUUUGUUUUAUUAUUAUUACAAUUACAAGUAAUGUGUCUUUAUGUCUUUAUUGUUUGUUUCUUUUAUAACGUUAACAAAACUAUGUCAUUGUCAUCUUUAUGUUUAGGUGUACAGUACAUCACACAAUCCCUCACACACCUCACUCCCUCACCACCAACACCUCUCUCCCUCACCACCAACACCUUUCUCCCUCACCACCAACACCUCUCUCCCUCACCACCAACACCCCUCACUCUCCAUCCAGCUGUAUACACGAUAUCUUGACCAUAAUAUUAAUAAAUUUUAACCUAACCUACAUACCCUACCCUAACCUAAUAGAGGGGGUUUGGUGCGACAUGGCUGGAGGGGGGAGGGGGGUACUUCUUCAUCUUUAUAAUCAACCUUUAUUUCUUAUCAUUACCCCCCCCACUUCACCUGUCCUCCUCAUAUACACGCUUACAAUUUUCUUUAUUUAAAACAUUAUUACUCUAUGCGCUAUCUCUCUCUCUCUCUCUCUCUCUCGCUAUACUUGACCUCUGUUCUCUCUGUUUACCUCUCUAUCUACUUAUCUGUCAAUUUAUCUAUCAUUUUAUCGAUUUAUCUGUCAAUC